CGCUCCCGCCGCACUCGCCACUCGCCACUCGCCACUCGCCGCGGAAUCAAACCACUCGUCAAUCAUAUAAACAAUAUGCAGUGCUUCAUCUGCGUAAUAUAUUUGGUAAUAUCCUGCAAAGGUCUGCCUCACCAGGACCGUGAAAUAUCAUCAAGUGGAAACAAUAUAUCAAUUUCAACUAAUGAUAAUAUAGAAGCUAUACCACAAUCAAAUGAAAAUGUCGAAAUAUCAGAACUUGUAGAUCCGCAUCCAAACCGCACACAAAUAAAACUAAGUGAAAAUAGAUUAGAGAAUGACGAAAAAAUAAAACCACACGAAGAAUUUAAUUUAACAACAGUCAAACCUAUGAGUGCAUCAACAGAAGAAUCUAUUUUCUCCGGAAUAAAUAAGGAAUAUAUCAAAUACAUGAUAACUGGAGCAAAAGGAAGUGAUCAGCUUUUUAGACCGAUUCUAAAUGAAAUGGAGGACAUGAGUCAAAUCGGAGACACCGAUCGUCUGACAAUCAUCAACCCAACAGUCAUCGUCAACUUCCGCGGCACUAUAUGGAAUAAAGAUAGUGAUAUAAAAUUAGGUCAAAAAAAGAAGGACAAAAGGAAACCUGAAAACAUAUUUGAAUAACAUUUCGACGUAAUCUAGCAAAAGGAAGUAUGAAACAAACAGCCAAGAAAUAACAAAGAUAUGCUCCUUGCUGAAGUAAAUUUAAAGUUUAUUACAAUUGUGUUAACAGAAAUCAGACAGCUGUAUUGAAUUUAAACAAUAACAAUGUCAUGAUAUGUUAAAUUUUGUAACUUUGUCUGCAAUAUUUUAUAGUUAAUGUGUGCAAUUACUUUAAAUGGUUGUUUUACAGCACUAU